GUCAGGUUGGGUAUAGGUCCAUGGCUGGAUGAGGCUGUAUUUGGUUCAUUAAAUGUAUAAAAACUGUGAUGAUCAAACACUUGUGAAGUGUUAAGUCUGUAGAUAGUUCAAAACUUAGACGCAUAUAGCGACUUUUCACAAAGCUGUGAACACCGACGUCUUUGAUAGGAAUGGUUCAAAUAAUAGUAAGAGGCAGUGAGGACGGGAGUAAGCCUCCUGAGUGGCUACUGGUGGAGUUGCAGGGCGAGAUCGUGUCCCGCCACAACUCUGGCCUGGCAGGGAAUGUGAUGGGAGAUCUGCUCUAUACAAAAGAGGGGGUGCCAGUGCUCAUAGUUGGCCAUCACAUCCUAUAUGGCAAACAUGUCAAACUUGAGAAGCCCUUUGCAGUCCUGAUCAAGCACCCUGGACACUCUCGGGACAUGUGUGAUGAUACCUCUGAAGCCAUGGAGACAGAACUACAGGCCCCCAGCUUCACAACUUACUCUGUGACUGCUUUGAUCAAGAAGAAACUUAUCUUCAAAACACGACCCAAACCCAUCAUUACCAAUGUGCCCAAAAAGGUGUAAGCUCCAACGAAUAGGUGGCGAAAUGACUGAACAAGAUUCAUAUUUUGGCAUGGAUGUUCAUUUGUAUAUUGUAUAAUAGUUUUUAUUGUAACAAGAAUAUUAAUAAGCCUA